CAUUGAAGAAAUUGCAAAAGAAGACCAGAAACCCGACACGGGUGUAGUGUCGACAUGUAACCGAGGUGUCGACACCAUGCGUUAAACGUCCAGAAUCAGAUUCUGUUUCCUAUUUUGUGUCAACACGUCUAAUUAUGAAUUGAGUUGCCACAGUUGCUAAAGAGAUACAAGGUGAGUUACCUAGUGCAACAAUGAAAAAUCAAGAAGAAGAGGUAAACACUUUACUCUUGGAGAUUGAAGGACAACUUGGAGAAGUAGAAAUUAUGCCUGCAGAAACUAAACAAGAGGAUGUCUCUAAGGAAGAAGAGGAAAAAUCUCAAGUGUCAUUUGAAGUGUUCAAUAGGGAGUCUCUUUUAAUCAAAUUUGAUUUUAAUGAUUAUUUUGUUAUUGGUAUGGUUGAUGAGAUUUUGCAGAAAAACACUUAUGAGGAUCCAUUUGAGAUUUACCCUAUUCAGGCAAAGGAUCCAAUCAAAGAAUACAUAAAUUGCUUGAACACAUCAUCUUCCUUGGAAUCAAAGGGGGCACUCCGAGAAGAAUUGGGAAGGCACAUCUGCUGGCCUAAACCCAAACCACCUCAAAAUAGUCAUUGGAGAAAAUCCUAUGGUAGAUUCAACCACUACAAGAAAAUCCAUAUUUAGUGACUAAAUUAUUGAUAAUUAAAUCUUUAUUUUUCGUCACAAAUUAUUAUUAGUGAUAAAAUUUAAACCGAAAGGAUUUAAUUAGAAGAAAUCCUACUUUUUAGAAGUAAAUUGAAGAGAUUAGAGACUUGAGGAUCAACUUGUGCAGAAUUUAGAAGUCAGGAACCAAAUCUGCUAUUUUACCAUUGAAGAAAUUGCAAAAGAAGACUAGAAACCCGACACGGGUGUAGUGUCGACACGUAACCGAGGUGUCGACACCAUGCUUUAAACGUCUAGAAUCAGAUUCUGUUUCCUAUUUUGUGUCAACACGUAAUCCGAAGUGUAAGCACCACACGAUCAGCAUCCAAAAUUCAGUUUCCUAUUUCUGUUCCAAGUCCUACUUCUAUUUCAAUUAGGGUUUCUAAAAUCCUAUAAAUACCUAUUCAAAUU